UAAAUGUUUUUAAAAAACACUGAAAACAAGUGAAAAGCACAUACGUUCGUAACUCGGUAAUGAUGCAAUACAUUACCGCGUACGUCUCCUGUACAAAGAACGUAUUGAUAUUGAGCUUUUACUAAAACGAAGACAAACUAUUGCUAUUAUGCAAACUAUUGAUAUUGUGCUUUCCUCAAAAAACGGACAAACCAUUGAUGUUGAAUUUUCUGAAAUUUAUUGCAUUUUCCUACAGCGAAAACAAACUAUAAAUGUUACACUUUCUGAAAGAACACCACCAUUGACUUCUCACUUUCCUAACAUACAUAUGAUUGAUGUUGCAGUUCUGAUCAAAGAACACAAUCUAUAGGUGUUGUAAUUAUUUAAAGGAACACAAACAAUGUUGCACUUUUCUAAAAAGAAGACACGUUUUUAUGUUAUAACUUCAUAUUUAUGUUGCACUCUUGUGAAAAGAAAAACUUUUCUCUAGUUUUAUAUUAUUAUUCUUUCAUAGUAUACUGUACAGCAUUUGGUUUGAUGGUACACUGAUUCUAGAAGGAAGACAAACUAGUCAUGGUUUUUCCUAAAAUAAUGAGAAAAUAUUGAAGUUGCACUUUCCUGAAAAGACCAUCUACUCAUGUUGACACGACUUUUCUAGCUGCAAUGAGUAGAAGCUUGCAUUUGAGAAGUCACUACUUGUUUUUUUCCGUUUGAUUUUAAAAGUCAUUAAAUCUGUUCUUGUUUACAUAAGAGAUAAUCAGGUUUUACACCUCUUAUAUAUACAGUGACGUGAAAAAGUAUUGGCCCCCUUCUCAAAUUCUUAUAUUUUUGCUUUGUUUCCCCACUUUAAUGUUGAAGAUCAUCAAACAACUACAACCCAAGUGAACUGAAAAUGCUGAUUUUAAAUGGUGAUUUAAUUUAUUAAGGAAAGAUCUAUCCAAAGUUACCUGGCCCGGUGUGAAAAAGUAAUUACCCAACUUGUUAAAUAAUGAAUUACUGGUGGCUAAUCACAAUUUUUGGUUCAUUUUCACUGACCACACCCAAGCUUGGUUACCUCCAGACCUGUUCAAUCGCUUAAACAGAAUCUGCCCUGACAAAAGCCAGGCAAAAGAUCUAAAAAAAAAUAAUAAUAAAAAAAAAACGGCAACAAAAUGAUACGAUCCAAAGAAAAUCCAGAACAGUCGAGAAAUAAAGUAAUUGACCUCUAUCAGUCUGGAAAGGGUUACGAAAGCCAUUUCUAAAGCUUUAGGAUUUUAGCGGAGCAUAGGGAGAGCCAUUAUCCUCACAUGGAGAAAACAUGGAACAGUGUUGAACCUUCCCAGGAGUGGCCGGGCUACAAAGAUUACCCCAAGAGAACAGCAAUGACUUUUCCAGGAGGCUACAAAGGAACUCAGGACAACUUCUAAAGAACCACAGGCCUCCCUUGCCUCAGUUAAGAAACAUGAUGGGCACUUCAUCGGGAAGACGCCUGGUGACCUGCCUGCUCAACGUGUCUGAGGCUCGCAGAAAGGAUCUGGUGGAAAGUGUGGCCAAGGCGGCUUUAUAUGACUAUGAAGGUGUUAGAAGAGAUGGGACCACGGUGCUGAACAUCUUCAAUGACCAUGACUAUAACCGCUCCGUCAUCACAAUUGUGGCCAGUAUUGAAUCCAUCAAGGAGGCCGUCUUGUCUGCCUGUGUGAAAGCCUGUGAGUUGUUUGACAUGCGCACCCACUCGGGGGUCCACCCGUGUUUGGGUGCUGUUGACCUGGUACCCAUCUACCCCUUGGGGGAGGACGUGGGAAUUGAGGACUGUACUCAAGAGUCUCAGGGUAUCGCCCGGGGCCUUACCCAACGAGUCCCGGGCACCAGCGUCUUCCUCUUCGGGUGGGCGGAUUCCCCACUUCAGCGCGGGCUGGCGCAGAGGAGGAAGGAGAUGGGUUGGUUCAAGAAAACGCCCGACUUGAACAGUGUCAGGGUCUGCAUUGGGCCUAUGCCACAGAAACGCUUUGGCCUCACAGGUGUUGGCUCCAGUCCUUAUGUCAUGAACUGCAACGUUACUAUUGACACCCAAGAUCUCACCGUCGGACGCCGCGUUGCCACCGCCAUCAGGGAGUCCACGCCAGGGGGUCUUCCGGGGGUCCAAGCCCUCGCUUUGCCACACGAGGGUGCCGUGGAGAUCGCCUGCAACGUGGAGAGCGUGCCGGGGGAUCCGCCCCACCAAAUGAGCGGGACGGCACCUUGGCCGUCCUUUCGCAUCGGGGGUCAGCCGUACUGUCACGUUCCAGCUUCUCUCAUCACCGCCAGGGUUGCAGAGCUGGCGGGGAGGCACGGGGUUGGCACUAAGGGCACUGCCUUGGUGGGCUUCACCCCUGUGGAGUGUCGGGGCUUGGCUGAGUUGGCUCUGUCUCGAUGCAUUGCUGAAUUUUGGAAAGAGCAACAAAGGGUGCGCAUGUGAAAAUAAAUUCUGGUUUAAAUGACCUUUAUUUUAAAAUUAUUCACAUUUGAGUUAAAAUUAGAGUUUAAUUGGGGAGUACACUAUAAAUUCUCAAAUAUUACCAACCAGAUGCUAACAUAAAUAGCAUGUAGCUGAGAGUAUAAUGGCUAAUGACUGGAAUAGAAAUGAGUAGAGGAGCGUGACUACAAUGGAUGCGAUUUAAAUGUUUCAUGAAGGAGCCAGUUUGAUAAUAACAUUAUAUUUAAUACAUGGAAAGACAUAAAUAGUGUAUAUAUAUUUUUAUCAGCCACCUAUUUUUAUUGUGUAGCCACCCAAUGCAUGACCACUCUACAUCGCCAGUAUUCCAGACUCAGCACUUUUUGCAUCAUUUCCUGUGUAUGCCAACUUGUGAGUAUACCUUAUGCUUUGAUUUCAGUGUUCACCGUAGUUGACCCAAGAGUCAACCUGCGAAUACACAUACUUUUAUUUCAAUGUUAAUGAAUUGCCUGUUUCAAUAAGUUUGGCUCUUGAGGCAAUUUGUGGGUAUGCUUUGAUUUUAAAAUGGAAUUUUACUACGGUAUGUUGUAGGGCACAAAGACAAGAUAAUGAUGAACUCAUCAAUGUUUAAAUAAGGUUUGCCGAUUAGUCAAAUUGUGAGGUGUACACAUUGUUA